ACAUUGAGCUCCUGCUCACCAAUCCUCCAGGUGACUCCCAGCCAUGAAGCCACUUGUCCUCCUCUCUGCCCUCAUCCUCCUGGCCUUCCAGGUCCAGGCUGAUCCUAUCCAAAACACAGAUGAAGAGACUAAAACUGAGGAGCAGCCAGGGGAAGAGGACCAGGCUGUGUCUGUCUCCUUUGGAGACCCAGAAGGCUCUUCUCUUCAAGAGGAAUCGUUGAGAGAUCUGGUAUGCUAUUGUAGAACAAGAGGCUGCAAAAGAAGAGAACGCAUGAAUGGGACCUGCAGAAAGGGUCAUUUAAUGUACACGCUCUGCUGCCGCUGAACAUGGAGACUACAGAGGACAAGAUGACCAUGAGUACUGAGAUCACAGAUGCUGGGGCCUGAUGACCACUUCUCAAUAAAUUGUUCACAAUAUGCU